UGAACUAAAAUCAAUAGAGCGGUUUAUGCAUUUUUAGUUGUGAUCAUUUUUAUUUCCUACAGAGGGCGCUCGGUGGCUCAGAAAGUCAGAAAUAAUUUAAAAAGAAUAAGAAUAUUAUGUCACAUAAAUCUGAUCAGCUGAAAUGUGAUGAAAUAGUGAUUAGGACUGGCGAUAUAGUUAAAAAUAAAUAAAUAACACCAUGAUUUUCAGCCUUUUGAUUAUAUUUUAAAGCAAAUGUUUUAAAACAAAUUAGAUUUUUAAUAUUUAAUGAAGUAAAUAACAUACAGUAAAAUUGUCAUUACAUUAACCAAUACAUGUAGCGUUUCAAUAAAUGAAGAAUGUUUGUUUAUGAUUAUUAGAAUUGUCUAUUUCCAUUCAACAAAUGAUUUGAGAUCAUUUAAGAUAUUUAAGACCUUUUGACAUUAUAAUUUUCAAUAUAUUUUAUUACACUUUUAAUGUGUCCACGGACCCGUACUAUUUUCCAGCGUCUCUGUGCAACCGCCAUUUAAACAACAGAAGAAGAAGCAAUGCUUUCUGAGCCCCCUAGCGCCCCCUUUCAGGGUGAAUGGUACUGCCAUGGCUUACAGCUUUUUAUCCAUUCCACUGAAUUAGGUUCAAUGGUAAAACGUCAUUGGCAACCGAAAUGAACAGUAAAGUAAAGCCUGUCUAACUACUGAUCUUACUUAUUGUUUGGAAUGUCCAAAGAUAUGCAUAGAAGGAUGAAAGUUUAAAAUGUAUCUCUAUUUUUUUUACAAUGUGCACAAUGCUCGGGAGCAAACACAAACCAUAAGAUUUGGAUAAGAUAUACUCAAUUUCCCAUGAGUACAGCAGACCGACGGCGAAAUGAAUCAUGGGUAUUGUUGUUUAUUUGUCGUUGCAUUCAGUUCCGUCUGUCGGCAAAUCUCAUUGGUUGAACUACAUUUCCCAUUAACCAUUAGAGGGCAAAUACUACAUCGCAACGGCAAUUUCACCGCAAGGGGUUUCUUGAGUCAGUUGACAUCGUCGACUUUGGUGAGGCGCGCCGUAGGCGACACGCAGACGUAAUUUUUGGAGAACUUUGGUCGUUUUCCCCCUUCUUCAAAAAGGAUAAUAGCGCGUAGAGUUUAUAUUAUUAACAUUCGUUUGCAAAAACAUGCUGGAUCCCUGGUUUUAUUAUUGGUUCUUUUUCACUUGGUGGUCCGUUAGGUAAUUGAACUGCCAGCUGGAUUAUUUUUGCAACACUACUUGCUGACCAAAAUUAAGUUAAUUUAUCCUUCCAGGGACUCAAGAUCCAGCGAUAUUCAAUUCGAUCCGUUUGUAAAAAGAAGUAAAAUCGUCGUUUAAGUCAUUCUGAUGCCCAGCUAACUAGAUUAUAGCUGGUCAGCCGGGCUUGCUGCGCCCAAGCCGGGCGAAGAUUGACGCUGCUCGGUGUCAUCCAACUGAAGAGGAUCGAGCUUAUUAGGCGACAAUGCUUGAAAUAAUGUCCGAGCACCAAGAUUCAUUACUGAAGUGCAAAGCAGAGACUCUGCCAUCAGAGAGAAGAAAGAGGACAGUGGAGGACUUCAACAAGUUUUGCAGUUUUGUUCUUGCAUAUGCCGGUUACAUCCCUUCUCCAAAGGAGGAAAGGCCAUGGUCGGCAGCAUCCUCCAGUUCUCCAAAUAACAGUGGUGCUUCAGGAGAAGGCAGCGUUUUAGGUGGAGCGAGUUCUAACAUGGCUCCCAGCUGGAGUCACGGCACGUCGGACUUGCACACCAUCCACACCUUCGUUCGCAAGGCUCGUGCCAAUAAGAGCAACAAGAGUAUGCGGCGGCUCUCAUCUGACAGCACCCUGAUGGACAAAAUGUGUUUAAAAGACUCUUUCUAUGAGGGCCAAGUGGCCAGCAAAGCUGAACGCAAAAAGGACAAGAAGCUGAAGCGUCUUUCUCUAGGAUCAGGCGCUGGCAGUAGCAGUAGCAGUAGCAGCGGUGGCGAGAAACGUGCAAGGAUCAAGCGCAGUAAAAACCCCAAACAGUCCAAAGCCCUUAAGAAGCUUAAGAGCUCGGCCCACAGCGAGUCAGACUCUGAGAAUGGUCUCGGCCACGGAGAGGAGCAUUCGGACCGGGGAACAAUGACCGAGCGCAGACUACAGGCACAGGUGAAAGAGGAGAAGGAGGAGGCCACCAGAGAGGCGGAUAUGAGCUCCAGUGAAGGCGAGACUUGGAUAGCGGAUGAAGACAUAAUGGUAGAGUCAGGGGACGAUUCGUGGGACUUGAUCACCUGUUACUGCGGUAAACCCUUUGCAGGACGGCCCAUGAUUGAAUGUAGUCAGUGCAGCGUGUGGGUGCAUCUCUCUUGUGCCAAAAUUAAGAAGUCUAAUGUGCCCGACAUAUUUAACUGCCACAAAUGCAGAGACUCUCGGCGGUCAAGUCAUAAAAAAGACACUUAGAUGAGGGUGUUCAUUCCCUCCAAGCUCUGAAUGUUCCCGGUUUUCCAGUUUUUGUAUCCGACACAUUUUUCAGUUUCAAAAUCCUUAUUUCUUUCUUUGCAGUUCUAGUUUUGGUGACUAGUUGCUCCUUAUAUUUGGCAGUCAAAGGUCUCCAUCACAGAUGGACUUCACUGAGAAAUAAUGUUUGAGUCUCUUACCUCCUGAGUUGGUAAUUGACCACGAGUAGUGUGAAUUCUGUUUGGCUCAAAUGUGACUGUUCAUUUGUAACUCUUUGUAAACUAUCCUUUGUCACAUCAAAUUGACAUUUGUUUGAAAUGAUUGGCUUGCAUGUUGGGUAAUUGGCACUAUUUUCCUUUGUGGGGAAAAGGUAGAGGACAUAGUUUCCACCCUAGUUUCCACAAAUGUAUACUGUAUUGGUACUACAAUAUAAAAGUCUACUUGAAAGGAAAAAAACUACAAACUACAGGAAAAUUGUGUCAUGAAUAUGCCAAAGAGCUGCUAUAAGAGAUUGUUGACACCACUGCUAUUAGAAAAUGCAUUAUUUCUUAGUGAACUGUCCAGUUAAUCAUUUAUUUUAAUUUGGAUAAAUGGCUUUUUUUUUCUUUUCUUUUUUUUUUCUGAAGAAUAAUAGAUGUAUUGUGUUAGUCUGAAUGUCUUUUCCUAUAGGUGAUCAUAAAAGACUGUUUGAACUAUACCCUUUCAGUUGAUAUGUCACACUCAAAUGAACUUGACCAGUCAGCUAACAUAUAUUAGAUAUAAAAAGCUACUAUACGAGUCAUUUAAGCAGGGAAUCCAUUCAGUUGCAAUUAUUGAUAUAUCAAACAUUCAUUUCUUCUAACUCUACUGGUAAUGUACAGUAUGUUAACCCAUGUACUUUGUCGAUGAAUUUAUCAAAACUGUUCAGUCUUUAAUUACUUGCACAACAUAGUGUUCAAUGUGUUAAAUUGAUUUUUUGGAAGAUUUCAGUUUAAUAAGACGUGAAGGCUAGAUUUAGGAGCUUUGCUGAAGCUGUCCUUGAAUGGAAUGGUUGUAACUAUUGUUUUCAGGAAUUGUUUGGGGGUUUUAAACUCUGAGAACUGGUGAAGAUUACUCAUUUAUGCUACAAGCAAAUAGUUCGGAGACUAUUGUUUGGGUUUUUUUUUUUUUUUUUUUUUUUUUUAGUUUCUUUUUUGGUUUAUUUGUGAAGCAAGGGGGAUUGGAAAUCCCCAUAAGCCAGAUCUCUCUUGCUUCGUGUUGCAGUCUGUAAAUAUCACAGAUUUUGAGAAGUGUACAUAUGUGAAAGUGAAGAGAAAAGCAAAGCAAAUGGUAUAUUUUUUGCAUCUGAUAUCAUUUUCUUUAACUACCUGAGGAAAUAAAACUUUUCUUUAUUGGG